CUACCUUAGAACAUAUACUAUACAAAUGGCCAGACCGAGAGUUCGCAGAAAGAUAAGGAAUCCUUCACAGAAAGUAUCUCGCAAGCAGAAAAACCGCAUGGACAUUUCGUUUGAAAAUGCUCAUCCACUGGUCAAAGACAAUUGGGACAAGAAAAAAACAUUACAUCAGAAUUACGAGAGUAUGGGAUUGAUGGUGUCUUUGAAUGGCGCUGCAGGUGGAACUGGUCAUGAAGCUGCUGAUGUGGUUCAGGAAAUGAUGCGUGUCGAUAAGCUCAAGAAUGAUGUCGAAUGGAGAAUGUUGGAUGAUUCACCGGAUAGUUCUGUUGAUGACUGCAGCAAUACAAAGACUGCAUCGACGCACAAAUCUUCAUCGUCUGCUACGUUAUCCAAAAAAACAAAACCUGUUGGCAAGUUUUCAGUCUCCAAGCGAUCAAACUCUUUCCAAGCUGAUCAACCAGAGCUUGAUUUACUCGACUUUACUCCAAUAGAAGCAGAGAUUGAGGUCGAUUCUCGCACAAAACGACUUGGCGUUAAAAUGUCAACCAGACGAAUGAUUGAGCCAACUUCACCAGCCACCUCUGUCAAUCCUAUCAUUGCAACCAUGCAAGAGGAAGCCAAUAAUGUCGUGAAACUUAUUCGUCAUACAUCAAGCAAUGAGGAUUUGGUGUAUGCAGAUUUGAUUAGCAAGCAUGGCCUUGAUUAUGAAGCCAUGAGUAAAGAUUUGAAAUUAAACAGGUACCAACUGACUAAAGGACAGCUACAGCGCAAAAUCAGGACAUUGGUAUUGGUAAAAUAGGCAUGGAUUGUGGUGAGUAGAUUUGCUAGAUCUG